AUAUAAAUGGUGUUCAGUGGAGAGAAAGUGACUUUCAGAUGUGAGAUACAAAGUACAAAAGACACUGAGUGGACAUACAUCUGGUAUAAGAAUUAUUACACAGAGAACUCAUACAAAACACAGGAGUUCAGCAUCAGCUCAGUUACAGACUCUGACAGUGAUACAUACAGCUGCAGAGGGAUGAGCAGUAACUCUCAGGUCUCAGAGAAAAGUGCUCCUGUUACACUCACUGUAUCAGCAUUUCUAACAGAAAAACCUAAACCUGAACUUGCAUCAGACCUUAAAGGAGCUGCACUGACAGGAAAUUCAGUGAUUCUGUCCUGUACACUGACACCACAGUCUGCUGGAUGGAAGUUUUACUGGAUCAAACCCACACAGAGCUCUGAGACUGAGACUGAAACACACCAGUACAUCAUCAGUUCAGUUAGAGUCUCUGAUGGAGGUCAGUACAGGUGCAGAGCUGGAAGAGGAAACCCAGUCUAUUACACAGACUACAGUGAUGUACUCUGGGUAAAUGUUAUUGGUGAAUCUUCUCCAGUGUCUCUGAUCAUCAGACCGAGCAGAACUCAACACUUUACUGCUGACUCUCUCUCACUGAGCUGUGAGGACCAGAGUGACUCUACUGGAUGGACAGUGAGACGAUACACACACAGUGAGACAUCGUUCGAUUGUUCAUCAGUUUCAGGAUCUACAUGUAACAUCAGCUCCCUCUCUACAUCACACACUGGAGUUUACUGGUGUCAGUCUGAAUCUGGAGGAUGCAGUAAUUCUGUCAACAUCACAGUGCACAAUGGUGCUGUGAUCCUGGACAGUCCUGUCCAUCCUGUGACUGAGGGACAACCUCUGAUUUUACAUUGUUUAGAUCGCUCAAAACACUUAGGCUCUGGUGUUAAUUUUUAUCAAAAUGAUUCCAUCCUCCAGAACCAGACUACAGGAGAGAUGAUCAUCAGCAGUGUCUCAAAGUCAGAUGAAGGUUUCUAUCACUGUAAACACCCAGAGAGAGGAGAGUCACCGAAAAGCUGGGUUUCAGUCAGAGAUGGAAAAGCUCCAACAUCUGUACUGAAGCUCCUCAGCAGUGUAGCAACAGCCUCCCUGUAUGUGCUGGUGACCAUCAUUCUGGCAGUGAAAUGUUACAGAGCUCGAGCUGAUCCCGAUGAGGACAACAGACCAUACAGAGUGAUAGAAGCUGAAACGUCUUUCUGAGUGUCAGGUUAUAACAUUAUCUAAAACAUCUAUCUUUUAAAUUUCCAGUGCAACAGAGAACACAUACAUACAUGUCAUGAUGUAGUAAUGAGUGGUUGUGAGGCUUUAAUUUCUCUGAAAGUAUUAAGGAUUUUUUAUUGAGUGAUUUUCUUUCCUGAUAUACUGUAUUUUUAUAUAUUUACUCCAAUGCAUUUUCAUUUCACUAUUUAAGCUUUAGAUUGUUAUUAACUUUUGUCUAGCUAUAUGACAUACAGUUUGUUUUAAUUGAAUAAUAAUUUUUAGAAUAUAGCCAGCAUUUACACAAUUUAGUAUUUACUCAGGGAUAAAUAAGCACUAUGUUUUGAUACUAUAUAAUGGAGUAAAGCUUAUUUUCGUUAUUUUUAUAAAUAAAUACUCGGGCAGAUAAGUUUUGUUGUUAAAACAUUUUUUGAAUGUGACUGAAUAUUUACUGAUUCAGCAUUUGGCCUCACCUUACAAUCUCCUGUUUGUUGACUUUGAUUUUGUCUGAAGUUUUGUAUAUUUUGCUUGAGCUGUUCUUAAUAAAUUGUCCACUGCAACUUG